UUGGACUAAUCAGCAUUCAGCAAUGAACAAUAUCUCCUCAGCUACUUUCCUGAAACUGAGUCCCGGAACUCCUCAAUCAUGUCUAAAGACGGCGUCUCAGCUUCCCGACCCAACGUCUCUGACUCCAACAUCACUUCCAAGAGAAAAACUUCAUGGCCGUUCACUUUUUUUAUUACAGCACUGGUUCCCGUUGUCGCCGCCACAAUUCUCUACCAACUCGACUCGUUCGACCCGGCUCCAAUGCCCCCCGAUGCGUUGACUCGGCACAUCAUUGACGUGCCAGCACGCAACGACCGCAUGCUAGAAGGAUCAGAGCUCGUGGGUGUGGGGGAUUUGAAGGGCCCAGAAGAUGUUGCUUACGAACCCAAGUCCGGAGUCAUCUACACCGGCUGUGCCGACGGGUGGAUCAACCGAGUCACCGUGAACGACUCGGUUUCUCACUCGGUGGUGGAGAAGUGGGUCUACACCGGCGGCAGACCUUUGGGAAUUGCUUUUGGACGCAACAACGAAGUAAUCGUCGCUGAUGGCAUCAAGGGCCUACUAAACGUGAGCAGAGAAGGUACGGUGGAGUUGUUGACAGACGAGGCUGAUGGACAAAAAUUCAGAACGACAGAUGGUGUGGAUGUAGCCGAGAAUGGCAUAAUUUAUUUCACAGACGCUUCAUAUAAAUAUAGUUUAAGGGAGUGUUCUUUGGACAUCUUUGAGGGUAAGCCCCAUGGCAGGCUUAUGAGCUAUGAUCCUGCAACCAAAAGAACAAAGGUGCUGCUCCACGACCUCUACUUUGCUAAUGGUGUAGCAGUCUCACCUGAUCAAAACUAUGUCAUCUUUUGUGAAACCCCAGUGAGAAGGUGUAGAAAAUAUAUCAUACAAGGCAAGGAUAAAGGAAAAGUAGACAAGUUUAUCGAUAAUCUACCAGGCAUUCCUGAUAACAUCCGAUAUGAUGGAGAAGGCCAUUACUGGAUUGCACUCUUUACGGGACCUUCAGUUUCAUGGGAUUUAGCAGUCAGAUACCCUUUCAUCCGGAAGGGUUUGGCAAUCAUGGAGAAGUCCAUAGGGCGACCACAUAUAGAGAAGAAUAGUGGGGUUCUGGCAGUUGAUUUGGCAGGAAAACCCACCGCCCACUACUAUGAUCAUGGACUGUCAAAGGUUACAAGUGGGAUCAAGAUUGGAGAUUAUUUGUACUGUGGUUCCAUUGUCUCACCGUACAUUACCCGCCUCAAUCUGAAAAAACAUCCUGCGCGAGCCACCACAUGAGCGACAAGGCUACCUGUAAGAACAAGCCUGUAGUUGUUGGGGGGCAGAAGCCUUGACUGCGGAUUUGGGGCUAGAGACUAUUUGAUGAGUCAGUGACUGCGAACCCGAUGACAAAAAUAGACUUUUCUUGUAUGUAUUUAUAGAAUAACAAAGAAUGAAAAUUUACAUUACAAGGAAACAUGCUCCAACACAAGCUAUUGUUAAUAUUUCAUUAAAAUAAGUUUCCUAUUGUAGUUGAAAUUUUCAACUUUCCUUCCA